GAGAAAUCACAUCGACUGUGGCUCACAUUCAGUUGUUUGUACUACUUCGCAUAACUACGAUCUAGUCGUCUGGUAGUCUUGUCGUAAAUUCACUUUCCCACGCAAAAGCGAGUAGCUUGAUUUGCCUGGUAGCAGAAAAAAAUGUUUUUCCUCACAUCAGUGACGGCUGACGAGAGAAAUCAAGUAUUCGGUGAUCUGCCAAAACGGAUGAUUCUUCAGCAGGACACAGCCAUCUGUCGAAAUCAGUUGUACGCUAACGCGUUUCUUGCCAGACAAGGUAAGCAACUGUUUACUGGACUAUGAAUACUUAGGAUCUGCUCCAAUUAGUUUUAUACAUGCAAUUACUUUACUGGUAAG